UCCUAGGUUUAGGUUUUAGCAUCACCAAAAAUGAGACGCUUCAGAAACCAACCCAACAAGACAAGCAAGAAAAUCGAAAAAUCAUAAAAACCCUAAUCAGAAAAAUGGCCACAGAGUCCAUGAAUGCAGCCACCGUCAAUGACGACGGCGACAACAACUCCGACCGUUUCAUCUUCUCAACACCUCUCUCCAGUUAUGGUUCAACCAAACGUGACGCCAUCUCCGUCGAGGAUUACGACCGUGAUCGCCACCUUUAUCGUCGGUUUCACUCUCCUCAAACUCCAUACAAAUCCGAAUUCUCAAACUUAAUAGAUCUUGAUCAAUACAACGACGAAGACGAUGAUCUUAGAGUCCUCUGUUUCACACCAAUCUCCAUAGAAAAGGGACAGUCCUCUUCACGAAGACGCUCCUUUGACUGCGAGAUAUGUGUUGAAAGGAAACAAAUUGAAUCUUUUCGAAUCAAUGGAUGCUCUCAUUCCUAAUGUAAUGAUUAUGUCUCAAAAUAUAUAGCUGCUAAGUUACAAGACAACAUCCUCUCAAUCAAAUGCCCUGUUUCUGGUUGCUCGGGGCAGCUCGGGCCCGAUAAAUGCCGACAAAUCCUGCCAAGAGAAGUCUUUGAUCGGUGGGGAGAUGCUCUUUGUGAGGCGGUGAUUAUGGGUUCAAAGAGAUUCUACUGUCCAUAUAAGGAUUGCUCUGCUUUGCUCUUCUUGGACGAGAGUGAAGUGAAGAUGACGGAAUCGGAGUGUCCUCAUUGCCAUAGAAUGGUGUGUGUAGAGUGUGGAACUAAGUGGCAUCCGGAGAUUACUUGCCAAGAUUUUCAGAAGCUAGCCGAGAACGAAAGAGAACGAGGUGAUAUAUUGUUGAAGAAUAUGGCAGAGAGUAACAAGUGGAAAAGAUGUCCUUCUUGCAAAUUUUACAUUGAAAAAUCUGAGGGUUGCUUAUACAUGAUGUGCAGGUGUGGAUUGGCUUUUUGCUACAAUUGUGAAACUCCAUCCAAGGGGAUUAAUCUCAAUUGCUCCUCAGAAUCAAAGAAUUAA